AUGUCAAGGCCUGUUGAGAGAAUAGCAGAGAUCAAUGAUGGAAAAGAGCUUUGGAAGAUUGUUGUUAGGAUUCACCACAGAUGGAAAGUUGUCUCCAACAACAAGGAACAUUUUGAAAUGAUCUUUGUUGACAAAUUGGGAGAUGAUAUUCAUGCUGUUGUUCCAGCACCGCAUGUGUCGGUGUUCACCGAAAAAUGCUUAUUAGGCCAUACUUAUGCUGUAUCUAAUUUUAAGGUGGUGCCUUAUGUUCUGGCCUUCAGGGCAUCGGGACACAAAUAUAUGAUAAAGUUUACUGCUGGAACGUCUGUUCUUGAUGAAGACAAACAUGAGAUACCCCCGAAAUCGAUUUUAUUUACAAGUUUUUCCGACAUCAUAAUAGGGAGGUUUGACAAACAUGUUCUGAUUCAUGUCGUUGGAAUGGUUGAUAGUAUUGGUUAUGCACAGACUGAGUCAGGUGCAAAGAAGCAGCAAAUUAGCAUGAUGUUGCGUGAUCACAGCAACAACAUGUUGAACUGUACUCUGUGGGAAUCAUACGCGGAUCAGUUCAUCAAGUUUAACAAAGUUAGGGUUGCUGCAUCACUCCCUACAGUUGUGUUGCUUCAGUAUGCCAAAGUGAAGGAAGAAGGAAAGUAUCCUCUGUCUGUGACAAACACCUACAAUGUGACCCUUUUAUGUGUUGAUGCUGAUUUUCCGGUCAUGAAAGACUUUAUUGAUAGAAUGCCUGAGGAGAGCAGGGUAACCCUGUCUGAACAACUUGGAGGGAAUUCCCAAUAUUCCUCCCAAAGUUCUGAAAAUCAACAGCUCACUCCUGUGCAAAAAUUGUUCUCAAAGGCUUUUGUUUUGCCUAUUGCUGAGAUUAUUCAACUUACGGAUGUUACAUUUUGUGCUACUGUCGCUACAACAAAAUUAUUAGUAGCAUCUCCGUUUGGAUGGUACUAUCGUGCCUGUCAUAUGUGUCAAUCUAUAGCGCGUGGGGACAGCCCCCCCUUUGAGUGUGAAGCUGGUCAUGAAACCAUGGCUGAAGUCCUUAGGUUUUAG